AUGGAGUGCAGUCUCAGACCAGAUGCUCAUUUCCAGAGCCGCAAAGACCUGCAGUAUGGAGCUUGUCAUGACAGUGGAUACUUGGACAGUGGUUACAGCCCUAAAAUGGAGAGUGGAGACAAAUUUGCCCUCUCAAAGUGUUUUUCUUCAGAUGGUUUUCAUGAAAUGCCUAAAGAGAACCUUUCACAGAAAUGCGAACCUCUGUCACCCAGAAAGAACAGACUAAAAGAGGGUGUCAGGAGUCCACAGAAAGACAUUCUGAAGGAGCAGCCAUUACAGAACGGCUGGUGUGAAACUCCUAAAGUAUCCAAGAGAGGUCCAUCUCUGAGACGACGUCUCCUCAUGUCUAAAUCGGAGGGUAAAACUGCAGGCAACACAAAAACACCAUGCGCUAAAAGGACUGACUCGUCAGUGAACGUGAGAACUGACCGCUGCUCCAACGUGGUCUUUGACUCACCAGAUGCCUUUACUAUUGGAGAUUUGGCUACAAGCACUUUAAAACCAGAGGACAUGCUUCUGUCCAGCAGGAAACGGCGCCUCCUCUUUUCUCUUGUAAAAACCUCAACACUUGAAGAUGGUAAAUGCAACACGACCAGCCUCCCCCUCUUUGAGAGAAAGGCGUCUGCUGCAUCGCUCUCAGAUGCAGACUUGGAAGAGAGCAUCAUCUCCUCAGACCGCCUUUCCACUGAGAUGCUGGAGACCCCACGCUAUAGCAGAUUAACACCUUCGGUGAAAGAGAACUUCCAGACUCCAGUCAACAACAACGUAGCAGCUAACCUCUCUGACAGCCUGAGUGUCCUGAGCACCCCUUCCUCCACCCCUACUCAUAAACACGACCAUGACACCCCUUCAUCCACCCCUACUCAUAAACACUAUGACCAUGACACCCCUUCAUCCACCCCUACUCAUAAACACUAUGACCAUGACACCCCUUCAUCCACCCCUACUCUUAAACACUGUGACCGCUCCGUGUCUGAGGACAGUGGCUUCAGCUCCCUGGCUCUGGAUAAGUCCCAGGACUCCACGGUGGACAAUGAUGGUUCCUUCCAGGAGCUGCUGUUGCCAUCAGGCAGCUCCAGGUGCAAGGAGACCCCCAGCAGGCUGGCCGAGAUGAAGAGGAGGUAGGCUAGAUUAGCUUUUUGACUUCCAAUGAAUGCCCUUGAACAGUGUUUCUCAACUCCAAUCCUUGAGUACCCCCAACAGUAUAUACUAAUGUGUGAUGUUUGGGGUACUCAAGGACUGAAGUUGAGAAACAUUGCCCUAGAAAAUGUCAGUGUUGUAUAUUUAUGGUGUUUUGUAGUUUAAUUAUUGUAAUAUUUAUUAAUUUCAUUGUAAGUUGUACAUGGUGUAAUUCAGUUUGUAUCUUGCUUCCGUUUUGUAAAAUUAUUUAAUAAGUAAAAAAAUAAACAUCAUCAUCAGGUCCAGACUGGAGCGCCAGCGCCGCCUCUCCACUCUCCGAGAGGGGGGUUCCCAGUCUGAGGGGGACCGUGACGUCAGGGCCCUGGCAGCCCACAGAACUCAUCACAGAGAGAAGAACCUGACAUCCCAGGCACAUCUGGAGCGCAGCAUCUUCAAGGAGGAUGACAGUGACGUCUUCCUGGAUGUGACUCCGCCGAAAACAGCCACUGUUAAGCUAGAGGACCUGUCCUUCACGCCGGCCCUGCAGAUGGUCCAGGCCCUGGCCCAGAAGACCUCCGGGAUGUUGCUGGAGCAGACCAGUCUGGAGGAGCUGCUGAGGGCCUCGGAGAAAGAGGCCUUCAGGACCACCAUGCCCCUGGCUGGGCUGAUCGGCAGGAAGAUGGGCCUGGGGAAGGUAGACAUCUUUACUGAGCUGAAGAAGAAGAAUCUCAGACACAUCCUGGCUAUGAUCCUCAAUCAGCUGUCCUCUGAAGAUGUCUAUAGGUGAGGAUUUUAUUUACUGUAUAUACAAUGCCUUCAGAAAGUAUUCAUACCCCUUGACUUAUUCCACAUUUUGUUGUGUUACAGCCUGAAUUCAAAAUGGAUUAAAUAAAAAAUCGCACACAAUACACCAUAAUGACAGUGAAAACAUGUUUUUAGAAAUUGUAGCAAAUUUAUUGAAAAUGAAAUGCGCAUCUCAUUUACAUAGGUAUUCACACCCCUGAGUCAAUACUUUGUAGAAGCAUCUUUGGUGGCGGUUAUAGCUUUGAGUCGUCUUCUCUGUCAGGAUUUUCUUUCCUGCUUCCGUCUGCCCACUCUCCUAUAAAGCCCAGAUCGGUGAAGUGCUGUAGAGACCGUUGUUCCUUCUGGGAGGUUCUCCCAUCUCAGCCAAUGAACUCUGUAGUUCUGUCAGAGUGGUCAUUGGGUUCUUGGUCACCUCCCUAACCAAGUCAUUCUUGCCCGGUUGCUCUGUUUGGUCGGACGGCCAGCUCUAGGCAGAGUCUGGGUAGUUCCAUAUGUUUUCCAUUUCCUAAUGAUGGAGACCACUGUACUCUUGGAAACUUUCAACACUCUAGACAUUGUUUUAUACCCUUCCCCAGAUACAGUACCAGUCAAAAGUUUGGACACACCUACUCAUUCCAGGGUUUUUCUUAAUUUUGUUACUAUUUUCCACAUUGUAGAAUAAUAGUGAAGACAUCAAAACUAUGAAAUAACACACAUGGAAUCAUGUAGUAAUCAAAAAAGUGUUUAACAAAUCAAAAUACAGUGGGGAAAAAAAGUAUUUAGUCAGCCACCAAUUGUGCAAGUUCUCCCACUUAAAAAGAUGAGAGAGGCCUGUAAUUUUCAUCAUAGGUACACGUCAACUAUGACAGACAAAUUGAGAUUUUUCUUCUCCAGAAAAUCACAUUGUAGGAUUUUUAAUGAAUUUAUUUGCAAAUUAUGGUGGAAAAUAAGUAUUUGGUCACCUACAAACAAGCAAGAUUUCUGGCUCUCACAGACCUGUAACUUCUUCUUUAAGAGGCUCUUCUGGCCUCCACUCGUUAACUGUAUUAAUGGCACCUGUUUGAACUUGUUAUCAGUAUAAAAGACACCUGUCCACAACCUCAAACAGUCACACUCCAAACUCCACUAUGGCCAAGACCAAAGAGCUGUCAAAGGACACCAGAAACAAAAUUGUAGACCUGCACCAGGCUGGGAAGACUGAAUCUGCAAUAGGUAAGCAGCUUGGUUUGAAGAAAUCAACUGUGGGAGCAAUUAUUAGGAAAUGGAAGACAUACAAGACCACUGAUAAUCUCCCUCGAUCUGGGGCUCCACGCAAGAUCUCACCCCGUGGGGUCAAAAUGAUCACAAGAACGGUGAGCAAAAAUCCCAGAACCACACGGGGGGACCUAGUGAAUGACCUGCAGAGAGCUGGGACCAAAGUAACAAAGCCUACCAUCAGUAACACACUACGCCGCCAGGGACUCAAAUCCUGCAGUGCAAGACGUGUCCCCCUGCUUAAGCCAGUACAUGUCCAGGCCCGUCUGAAGUUUGCUAGAGUGCAUUUGGAUGAUCCAGAAGAGGAUUGGGAGAAUGUCAUAUGGUCAGAUGAAACCAAAAUAGAACUUUUUGGUAAAAACUCAACUCGUCGUGUUUGGAGGACAAAGAAUGCUGAGUUGCAUCCAAAGAACACCAUACCUACUGUGAAGCAUGGGGGUGGAAACAUCAUGCUUUGGGGCUGUUUUUCUGCAAAGGGACCAGGACGACUGAUCCGUGUAAAGGAAAAAAUGAAUGGGGCCAUGUAUCGUAAGAUUUUGAGUGAAAACCUCCUUCCAUCAGCAAGGGUAUUGAAGAUGAAACGUGGCUGGGUCUUUCAGCAUGACAAUGAUCCCAAACACACUGCCCGGGCAACGAAGGAGUGGCUUCGUAAGAAGCAUUUCAAGGUCCUGGAGUGGCCUAGCCAGUCUCCAGAUCUCAACCCCAUAGAAAAUCUUUGGAGGGAGUUGAAAGUCUGUGUUGCCCAGCGACAGCCCCAAAACAUCACUGCUCUAGAGGAGAUCUGCAUGGAGGAAUGGGCCAAAAUAUCAGCAACAGUGUGUGAAAACCUUGUGAAGACUUACAGAAAACGUUUGACCUGUGUCAUUGCCAACAAAGGGUAUAUAACAAAGUAUUGAGAAACUUUUGUUAUUGACCAAAUACUUAUUUUCCACCAUAAUUUGCAAAUAAAAUCAUAAAAAAUCCUACAAUGUGAUUUACUGGAUUUUCUUUUCUAAUUUUGUCUGUCAUAGUUGACAUGUACCUAUGAUGAAAAUUACAGGCCUCUCUCAUCUUUUUAAGUGGGAGAACUUGCACAAUUGGUGGCUGACUAAAUACUUUUUUCCCCCACUGUAUGUGAGAUUCUUCAAAGUAGCCACCCUUUACCUUGACAGCUUUGCACACUCUUGGAAUUCUCUCAACCAGCUUCAUUACAUUUACAUUUAAGUCAUUUAGCAGACGCUCUUAUCCAGAGCGACUUACAUGAGCAAUUAGGGUUAAGUGCCUUGCUCAAGGGCACAUCGACAGAUUUUCCCCCUAGUCGGCUCGGGGAUUAGAACCAGCGACCUUUCGGUUACUGGCACAACGCUCUUAACCACUAAGCUACCUGCCUUCAUGAGGUAGUCACCUGGAAUGCAUUUCAAUUAACAGGUGUGCCUUCUUAAAAGUUAAUUUGUGGAAUUUCUUUCCUUUAAUGUGUUUGAGGCAAUCAGUUGUGUUGUGAGGUAGGGGUGGUAUACAUAAGAUGGCCCUAUUUGGGAAAAGACCAAGUCCAUAUUAUGGCAAGAACAGCUCAAAUACGCAAAGAGAAACGACACUCCAUCAUUACUUUAAGACAUGAAGGUCAGUCAAUCCUGAACAUUUCAAGAACUUUGAAAGUUUCUUCAAGUGCGGUGGCAAAAACCAUCAAGCGCUAUGAUGAAACUGGCUCUCAUGAGGACCGCCACAGGAAAGGAAGACCCAGAGUUACCUCUGCUGCAGAGGAUAAAUUCAUUAGAGUUACCAGCCUCAGAAAUUGCAGCCCAAAUAAAUGCUUCAGAGUUCAAGUAACAGACACAUCUCAACAUCAACUGUUCAGAGGAGACUGCGUGAAUCAGGCCUUCAUGGUUGAAUUGCUGCAAAGAAACCACUACUAAAGGACACCAAUAAUAAGAAGAGACUUGCUUAGGCCAAGAAACACGAGCAAUGGACAUUAGACUGGUGGAAAUCUGUCCUUUGGUCUAAUGAGUCCAAAUUUGAGAUGUUUGGUUCCAACCGCUGUGUCUUUGAGACGCAGAGUAGGUGAACGGAUGAUCUCUGCAUGUGUGGUUCCCACCGUGAAGCAUGGAGGAGGAGGUGUGAUGGUGCUUUGCUGGUGACACUGUCUGUGAUUUAUUUAGAAUUCAAGGCACACUUAACCAGCAUGGCUACCACCGCAUUCUGCAGCGAUACGCCAUCCCAUCUUGUUUGGGCUUAGUCCCACUAUCAUUUGGAAGGACUAUUUGACCAAGAAGGAGAGUGAUGGAGUGCUGCAUCAGAUGACCUGCCCUCCACAAUCACCCAACCUCAACCCAAUUGAGAUGGUUUGGGAUGAGUUGGACCGCAGAGAGAAGGAAAAGCAGCCAACAAGUGCUCGGCAUAUGUGGGAAGUCCUUCAAGACUGUUGGAAAAGCAUUCCUCAUGAAGCUGGUUGAGAGAAUGCCAAGAGUGUGCAAAGCUUUUUUUGGUUAGUACAUGAUUCCAUAUGUGUUAUUUCAUAGUUUUGAUGUUUUCACUAUUAUUCUACAAUGUAGAAAAUUAGUAAAAAUAAAGAAAAACCCUUGAAUGAGUAUGUGUCCAGACUUUUGACUGGUACUGUAUGUAAAUGAGAUUUCUGUAUUUCCAUUUUUAUCAAAUUGGCUAACAUUUCAAAACGUGUUUUCACUUUGUCAUUAUGGGGUAUUGUGUGCAGAUGGGUGAGAAACAAUCCAUUUUGAAUUCAGGCUGUAACACAACAAAAUGUGGAAUAAGUCAAGGGGUAUGAAUACAUUCUGAAGGCUGUGCGUGUUACAGAUCUACCGACGUAUGACGCUGGCUAGAACAUUCUACCACAUCAUUGUCAUGACAUUGUUGCGUGUUCUGCUGGUCCACAGGGUUGGUCAGGUGUCUGAUAGUUGGAAUGAGAUCGUAGUUCAAAACAAGAUGUCCAACUGCAGGAGGAGACACUACCUGAUGGACGUCAAGGCAGCUCUGGAGGUGAGGAUGUCACCUGUAACCGUGUUUCAGCAUUGA